UACAGUGGAGGGUGUUGAAGAACCAAUGAUCUAGAAGCCACACAACGAUUGGUCAUGGCUGUGCACGACGGAGGGGCUAGUGAAAUGAAGGGGACUGCAAGUGUCCAACACUUACUUUGAAAACCUUGCUUGUGCAAGAGAGCUUGAGGGUGACUGGAGCGAGACACACAAUGUCCCAACCGAUUUGGAAGUAACAGACGGAACAGCCUGUAGCCUGCAAUCUUCUUAGUCCUGACUCAAAUAUCAUCUUGCAAUUUAAAGUCGUUUCGGGGCUUAAUCUGGAUAUUUGUGCUGUUGAGAAUAGUUUUGAGCACUCGCAUCAUGGAGUACACUUCUUCCUCAAAGCCUCAGCUCUCUUCAAGGGCGAAUGCCUUCUCCAUAGCCGCACUCAUGUCAAGUGGGAAACCGAAAGACAAGGAGUCGGAGGAAAAUACCAUCAAGCCGCUGGAACAAUUCGUAGAGAAGUCAUCAUGCCAUCAAAACAUCGGCGACCUGUCUUCGCUGGAAGCCCACGGAGACUUCAGCAGCAGCGGCGGCGGCGCUCCGUUAUGUACGGAGCCGCUCAUCCCUACGAGCCCCGGCGUGCCCAGCGAGGAGAUGGCCAAGAUCUCCUGCAGCCUCGAGACCAAAGAACUGUGGGACAAGUUCCACGAACUCGGCACGGAAAUGAUUAUCACAAAAUCUGGAAGACGAAUGUUUCCGACAAUACGUGUGUCAUUUUCCGGGGUAGAUCCGGACGCCAAAUAUAUCGUACUAAUGGACAUCGUUCCGGUGGACAAUAAGAGAUAUCGAUAUGCCUACCAUAGAUCCUCAUGGCUUGUGGCGGGAAAGGCAGAUCCACCUUUACCUGCUAGGUUGUACGUGCAUCCAGAUUCGCCGUUUACAGGGGAACAGCUGUUGAAACAAAUGGUUUCUUUCGAAAAAGUGAAGCUUACAAACAACGAACUGGACCAGCACGGUCACAUCAUCCUGAACUCCAUGCACAAGUACCAACCCCGAGUUCAUAUCAUCAAGAAGAAAGAUCACACUGCGUCACUUCUUAAUCUAAAGUCUGAGGAGUUUCGUACAUUCGUCUUCACUGAGACAGUUUUCACUGCAGUCACUGCUUACCAGAACCAGCUGAUAACCAAACUGAAGAUUGACAGCAACCCUUUCGCUAAAGGCUUCAGAGACUCCUCCAGACUCACGGAUAUUGAGAGUAGGGAAAGUGUUGAGAGUUUGAUCCACAAGCAUUCUUACGCCCGGUCGCCCAUUCGGACUUACACUGGUGAUGAGGAAUCCUUGGGUGAAGAUGGGCUCUCUGCACACAGUAGAGGUUCAGCAUUCACCGCAUCAGACAACCUCUCCCUCAGCUCCUGGGUCACCACAACGUCUGGCUUCUCGGGUUUUCAGCACCCUCAGUCUCUGUCUGCCAUCGGAACCAGCACAGCGUCCUUGGCCAGUCCUCUUCCUCACCCCAUCCAGGGCUCUCUACCCCCUUACAGUCGACUGGGCAUGCCUCUCACCCCAUCCGCCCUGGCCGGCUCCAUGCAGGGCAGCGGGCCGACCUUCCCCUCCUUCCACAUGCCACGCUACCACCACUAUUUCCAGCAGGGGCCCUACGCCGCCAUCCAGGGACUUCGCCAUUCUUCCACAGUCAUGACCCCGUUCGUAUGAUUCCUGUCACCUCAGCCGGAAUUCCCCAUCACUGGCAUGCAAAGACAUACGCCACCCAUACACAUGCAAAAAACAUGCUUACACGAAAGGAAGAACCACAUGUAAAUAAUACUGACACAGCAUUGACUAACGACCCGGACGUGCUGCUUCUAGCAGUUGUGCUGGAGAAAAGGUGAACGAAAUGCCCAACGGACAUGGAUUCUUGUAAAAGAGAACUUUAAGCAUGAGUUUUAGCGUUGAUAAGAGACUCAGAGAUCCGUCUUCAUCGGCUAUUCAUCUGUGUUAAUGCUACCUUGAAAGGGAUAGUAAACCAAAAAAAUGAAAAAUUCUUUCAUUAUUUAAUCACCCUCAUGUUUUUCCAAACCUGUAUGACUUUCUUUCUUCUAAUGAGCAUAAAAGGUGUUUAGGUGCCAGAUUUCUUGAGAAUGUAUUAUUUUGUGUUUUGGAAGUCAAUGGGAGCCAGCUUUUUACAAAAUAUCUUCUUUUGUGUUCCACAAAAGGAUAUAAAGUCAUACAGGUUUGGAAUGACAUGAGGGUGAGUAAAUGAUGACAGAAUUUUAAUUUACAUUUUUGGGUGAACUAUCUCUUUAAUGAUGCGUCUCAUUGCCUUUAUCGCCACUCAGAGCCAAAUGAGUGAGAAUGUAACACUGGACUACUGCUUUUCUCAUUCCCCGUGAUCUGUCACUUCUUAAUGAUGUGAUACAGUAUCUGUGGAUCUGCCAACCACUCUCCACCCUCGUUUUCAAACUGUCGACACUAGAGGACGCUGUGCUAUAUGAAAACCGCAGUACUGGAUGGAAACAUGUGGACCCAAAAAUGCUGGACAGGUU